AUGUGGGACAAAGUAAAAAGGACGGUGUUGGCGGUAGUCAAUAACUCAUUCGAGCGAGCAAUCAAAGAGGAUAGCCUGUCAGAAUCCAGCACUAAAUCAACGACAAGCCAUUCCAUUACUGUAUGGAAAACCGGGCGAUGGGCGUGCGAGCGUUGGGGAGGCGGGGGUGGGUUUGAGACGCGGGAGAAGAGUGUUCUCUGCCGUCGACCCUAG